GAAUCCUGGGUUACAAAAACAGUUUGACUCAGCUGCAAAACUUGUUUUUGUUCCCCCCCGACGUCCAAAGGUUAUCCAGUUAUCAACGCAAACGGAGCGAGAGGUCACGGGUCGAAUGAAUUAUUCCUCAGAAACUGUAGCUAGUCGUCGGAAUUAGCUCGUCACAUUUUUUUUUUCGUGUUAAAUCAAGUAAUGAACUGAGCUAACAUUUGACAGUCGAUCUGCGACAGGAGAGCAGUAGAGGGCCUUGUCGACCAGUUUCUGUUGGAUCGUGCAGUCGAAUAAUUAAUUUAUAAGAUCGCCGGGAGCUAUAUAGCUUUAAUUACUUCAGUUUUUUUUUUACUGUGGUGUUAACGUGAUUCUAAACAUACCAGUCGCUAGGAAGAAGAGACUGGCGCCAUAAACUGAUGGUGCAUAAAUCUUCACCUGCCUUCCAGCUGCUCGAACAGACGGUGUCAUUGUUGUAAGCGUCAUGAAAGCCUUGCUACAAUUGCUGGACCCCGGUGAGAGGCAGGAAAAUAAUAAAAAAAUUGGCGUAAUUUAAAUGUGUGUGUGUGUGUGCCGGUAUUUGCAUAUCGCUAUUUGUGCCAAUCAGUGCGAGAGUUGUAUAUCAGUCUGAGGAAGACCUGCCUCAGAGUAGAACAUUGCAGGUGAUCCAAUGUUAUUCCAGGCGACUGCAAGUGAUGAUACAGUGAUAAUAUAAGAACAAGACAUUAAGUAGGUUAGUGCGAUGCGCGCAGCAGCCAUGUCAACGUUUCUGUACACGCUUUUAGGGCUAUCGGUGGGAGCCUCAUUGCAUUGCUCCGUUCGCCGGGAAAUCUCACCCUGUACGUGCCGCGUCCAGGAACCGAAUUCCAACACCAUCUUGGUUGCGUGUGAGCGGAUGAUCUCCUUUACUCAGGUAGUGGAAGCUCUGAAAGAUAAGUUCGCUCCUGAUGUCGAAAUUUCGCUUAGGAUCGCGUACUCGAGGAUGGACGACUUCUUUAAUCACACUUUCCAGGAGCUGGGCCUAGCUGUCACCGACCUGAAGUUAAACCACGAUAAUCUCAGCUCUUUGCCAGAGUCUGUAUUUGCUGGACUUGGACGCACAGAAUAUCUGAGCCUGGCUGAUAACUCUCUUCCUGAAGUUCCAAAUCAUAUUCUGCAACAGAUGCCUGUACUGAAGACACUUGACAUUGGUCGUAGUAGGCUCCAAGCAAUCACAGACAAGGACUUCCAGAACAUGACAGAUUUACAACAUCUAGUGCUUGCAGGAAAUAAUAUUUCUCAACUAGAUCAAUCUUCCAUGCCACACACAUUAAGACAUCUUCAUCUUGGCCGUAACAAGCUGAUGCACUUGAAUGACACACUCAGGGGCCUGACUGAGCUAGAAUGGUUGUUUCUAAAUGGUAACCAGCUGACUACCCUUGAUGAACAACUUCCCCGAGAAGGAAACAAAUUGGCUCUGCUCCAUGCUGGUAGCAACCAACUGCAGAAAUUACCACAAGAACUACAGAACUUCAUCCUUCUUGAGUCUCUCUUCUUCCAGCACAAUGAACUGCUCAAUUUGGGAGGAACUGUGCAGAGGGCAAGGAACCUGAAAAGACUUCACCUUUGUCAUAAUAAGAUCCAGGAGUUGUUAUCAGAUGAAUUUACCGAAUUAGAUUCCUUAGAAGAUCUUCAACUUGGACACAACCAGUUAAUAUCACUCAAUGGAUCUCUUGCUCCACUGCGCUCUCUCCGCUGUCUGAAUCUCACCAAUAAUCUUCUUCAGGAGUUCUCCUUACAAGAUAUUCAAGGCUUAAAGAGACUUAGGAUAAUUGAUCUCUCGUACAACAAGAUUUCUCAUCUUAGUGGACGAAUGGAGAACUUGGUGGAACCUGAAACCAGGAUUGUAGAGUUACGUCUGGACCAUAACCUGCUGCGGACUUUAGAUGGAGCUUUGAUGGGUGUUCACGGUCUUCAGAAGCUGAACCUAAGCAACAAUCUUCUGGAAAAAAUUGCUCCCGAUGAUUUGAUUGGUUUAGAGGACCUUCGCAUUCUUGAUGUGUCCUUCAAUCGCCUGACAACACUGGAAGAAACUUCAAAGACAUUUUUACCAUCCUUGGAGCAGCUGUAUGCAUCUCACAAUGCUCUGACAGCACUGAAACAAGAUUUCCAUGGAUUACCCACUCUCUGCAGGGCUGAUCUGUCACAUAACCAGAUCCAAUCUAUAGGGCGUGACCUUGCAUCCAAGACACACUGCCGGAUGCACAGACUGCUGGGUGUGCUGCGAGUCUACCUGACAGGAAAUCCAGUGCAGUGUGAUGCUCAGCUUGUUGAAACGAUUGCUGUAAUGGAAGCCAACUAUACCAAGUUGCAUGGACUAGGACACUGCCUGUCUGUGAACCAAACAGCAUCAACAGCUCCUUCUGCCUAGACAGUAGUAGUGACUUGCUGCUCACAGCAAAUAACUGCCUGCCAACCAGCUGAAUACAAACUGAAUGACUUACAACUCCCAAUAAAUGGGCUGUUGAGUUAAUGUUUACAUAAUUAAACAAAUAACACUUUUCAUUUCUGGACAUGACUGUACACACUUCUUAUUCUUUCAUUAUCAGUUGAUAUAAAACAUUGGCAACAUGUGACAUUGAUACAGCAUGAAAGAUACAAAAAUUGUACGACACAGUAAGAUAUCUUAAUGGAUAUAACCAUUUUGUUUGUUUAUGAAUCAGAAAAGAAAAGACAUAGUAUUCACCAGCAAAAUAUAUCUCUCUUUAUAGAACAUGUUGCUAAGUGAAGCAUCUCUACAGUUUGAAUAGCUUUGUCACUGGUAUAGAGUGAAAAUAUAUAUUAAAAUUCAUCAUUGCAGGUUAGUUUAAAGCCAAGCUUCUUGUAUAAUAAUAUGGCAAACAAUAUGUUGUUGGUUAUUUCUAACGUGUUAUUUGAGAAUGUUUUAGAGCAAGAAUAAUUACGAACAUCUGAAUUUUAUAAAACUCAUACUGUAUAGUGAGAUUUCAAACAGUCUGCUAACUGCUAAUAUAUUUUUAAAAAAUACUGUAA